UUACAACAGCUCGUGGCAGAUGCUCAGCGCUGUAGCAGCACGUAAAGCCCGUCUUGCUCAAAAUCAGGCACAAACGCCUCCACAGACGGCCGCAGUGCCACCACUCCCUCCCGGGCCAACCUCCCAACCUCCGUCCGAUUUCAGGAAGAAGCCCUCCUCUCAUCAAAAGCCUCCUUCGAAGCGGAAGCCCAGCGCACCAGCAGGAAAUGCAACCAAGAAACGAAAGGGUCAAAAUCGUAGAUCCUCCCCUGAGCCUUCUGCGAGGUACUUCGUCCAGCCGGACGCGUUCGAAAACCAGGAAGACAUCAUAGUAGUCAACGAUAGUGACAGCGAAACAUCGGUCGCAUCCCAGGACACGCCCUCGGAAGGCGAGGCCUCCCGUAUCCCCCCUUCUUGUCUCAAUCCUCGUCCCGCUAGUCGCAAACGUGCAUGGUCUUCGAGUGUCCCCCUACAAGACUCUUCAGACGAAGAGGUAGAGGAUGCGGACGAGGUUCUCAUACUCGAUGCUAUCGAUCCACCUCCAGACGAGUCUGUGCCUGUUGCCCCUGCUUUGCUAUCGACGUUUCGACCUGUCCUUGAUCACAAUGUCUUCCGCCUUAGCCCCUCGGAUCUGUCGGCCAACAAGCGUACUGCCCUUCUGCUCUCCGCAGGGGACACCGUGGCUUUGCUUGGGACCUAUUCCAUCACUGUUUUACGAGGCACAGUCGACCUCGGCGGAGUCUCCUUGAACGCUUCAACAACCUCAUAUCCAGUCUUCGCUCCUCGCUCUUCCCCGAUCCCCAUCAUCCAAUGUCGCCCCCACAAAGGUUCCUCUUCGGACCCUGCUUUUCUAUCAACGCUGCCCAACCGUGUUGCCGCCGCUUCAAAGGACUACGAUGCCGCGAUUAUCUUACAGGAAUUGCAUACAGGUAUCGAGGGAUUGGGGAGAAUAUGCAGAACCUUUGACGGGUUCUUUGCUCCAUCACGAUGGCAUCGUGGACGGGUGACGUUUGACUUAGGACUUGAUACGGUGUAUUAUCUUACACAACAAACAUCUGAUGUUGUUCCGUUGGACAUCCCUCCGUCAUGGGAUGCUGCAGUCAAAGCCAUCCUUCCGACAUCCGACCAGGGGACCGAUGCUACUGCUGAGAAGAAGAUGGUGUACAUCAUCAAGGGCGCGAAGAACACCGGGAAGAGUACGUUUGCAAGGCUCAUACUCAAUCGGCUGCUUUCCAGAUUCCAACGUGUUGCCUACCUGGAGUGCGAUCUUGGUCAAUCCGAAUUCACACCGGGAGGCAUGGUGAGCUUGAAUGUAGUCGAGCAACCCGUCUUCGGCCCACCCUUCUCUCAUCCCAGCAUCCCGUAUGCGGCCCAUUAUAUCGGUGCGACUUCACCACGAGCGACGCCUUCGCAUUAUCUCGAAUCCAUACACGCUCUAGUACAGCUUUUUAACCUCGAGAUACAGAGCGCCGCUGCUGAGGAGCUCGGCUCCGACGAUGGUCGCUUCAAUUCUUCCAUCCCGCUAGUCGUCAACACAAUGGGAUGGACGAAAGGCCUUGGUGCAGAUCUCGCACGCAAAGUCCAAGAAAUUGUGGAACCUUCCCACAUUUUCUCUUUCGAUGCAUCAGUUGGUGAGGAGUGGGACACUACAGGACGCGUAGACACCCUGCUGAGCCCUAGCGAGCUCGGCGGACCGCACGUUCAGUCCGUGGAACCCGUCCAGCGCCCGUCGACCUUGACCCACUACACCGCUGCAGACCAGCGAAAUCUCUCUAUCCUGUCCUACUUCCACGCCGUACUCCCCAACUCUCCCUCUACAUCACUUCUUACCUCUCCGGUUGCCGCAUCGUGGAGCUCGACUCUCCCUCUAUGUGCUCAGCCACCUUACGAACUAGACCCCCGUGUGGCUUUCGACCAGCUCUUCCUCACUGGCGCCGGGACAGAAGACGUUACUCCGUCCGAGGUGCACCGGGCCCUCAGGUGCUCCGUUGUUGGACUGGUCAGCUGUCAGCCAGGGACAUUGGACAGCGACGCCCGCAUUGAUGCUGAAGACGACGCGCGGCCCUCUCCUUUCUAUGAACAAGGUGUCCUGCCGCCUUCGCCCCACACAUCGAAGUGCUUGGGCCUCGCCCUUGUUCGAGCGAUCUCGCCUUCUCCAUCCUCUCGCAUCCAUCUCCUUACACCCGUCCCUCCUCAUCUCCUCGGUUCAGCACGAGUACUUGUUAUGGGCGAGCUGCAACUUCCUGUAUGGGGACUGCUAGACUAUCGCACUCUCGACGAUGGAGGCGACAUUGCCGGGUAUGAUCGAGAAAAGGUGCCCUAUCUUCGCUGGGGCAAGGGUGAGGGCGCGGGCGGGGAGCGACGUCGUGUGCGGAGGAAUCUGAUGAGGAGAGCUCAGAUGUGAACGUGCUUGUGCGAAAAGUAAACCACUAGACGAUGCGCACAAUCGUAGAUAUUAUGCAGUACCAGCGGCAGAGACCGAGAACGCCAAACACCUACUCGAAGACGACGGCUACAUCAGGGCCUUUGGUAUCGAGCCAAUUCUUCCACAUUUUGGCGUAUGCCUUAUCUCGCAAUUCCCGUCUGAACGCCCUGCUGUCCGGAAGAAGACGCGAAAUACGGUGGAUCUCUCUGCGGUCACGACUGCUGUAGUACUUGAUCUGCUCUGGGGCCUCCCGAAUUGUAGGGUGCAUCUUCUCCGCGAU